AUGAAGGCGGACAGCUUCGAGGCCUGCGGCCUCAUGGAGCCGUUCACGAACAAGGCCAAGGGCAAGUGGUACAACGACAAAGGAGCCGGGAUCAGCUGGUCUGCCACCAUGGGACGGAAGGUCCUGGGGGCUGGAGGAGAGAUCUUGUGGACCCACCCGGAGAAGAAGCGGGAGGAUGUGCCGACCAGUGGCUGGGUCUACUGGGACGGCACACCCGCUGCGAUCUGUGUGGAAGGCACAUCUUAA